AUGGCGCUGGAGGCCCUGGUCGUGGGCGGGGCGCGCCACUCCUGGAGCAGGCGGGCCACGUUCGUGGGCAGCUUGCGGUACAUCAAGGUCAAGCCGCUGGCGGAGCGGAAAGCCCAUAAGAAGGUCCACAAGUGGAAGCGCCGGCUCAAGAGGCGCUCCAAGGGCAUGGAUGACCAGGCCCAUAAUCAAGCAGAUCCUCAUGAUCAAGCUGUCCAUGGAGCAGGGGCUCUGGGACUCCAUGGUUGUGGGGAGUACGCCGAGGUGGAUUUCCACGACUGCGAGGACGGCGGGUGGGAUGGCCCGGAGGGCGCGCUGUGGGAGAUCUACAGCGCCCCGGAGGCCAAGAACACCAAGCAGGAGAUCGAGGAGCAUGUCGAUGACACUGCGGAUGUCGAUGACACUUUCAACCACCAGCUGAACGUAGGUACGGGCUCCGAGUGCAAGACAGAUGUCGAUGACACUGCGGAUGUCGAUGGCGCUUUCAACCACCAGCUGGACGUAGGUACGGGCUCCGAGGACAUGACUGAGGUCAAUGACACUACGGAUGCCAAUGACAUUUUCCUCCACCACGGGGCCGUCGACACGAACACCCAGGACAUCGGGAAGGUUACGGAGGAGAUCGGCGACGAGGAGGAGCCAGCUCUGCGAGGCGGAGGAGCGCCGUCGAACUCGAUGGACACGUUCCUCAAGGCGCUGAGCGGCCUCAUGCAGAGCUAUUCCGAAGCGGGUAGUGCAGGAGCGGGGACAACGCCGGCGAGGCCGGGGGGGAGGUGGAGGACGCGCAGACAGCAGCAGAAGCAGGAGGGCCUGGACGAGCUCAUCGCCCGGCUCCGCAAGAUGCUGGACGACGCGGCCAAGGCAAAGUGGACCAUGGAGAGGCUCGUGAAUGGGCUGACCGAGGCGGUCGCGCAGGCCAAGCAGAAGCAGGCGCAGCCGGCCGGAGCCCAAGCGCAGCAGGAGCCCCGAGGCAAGCCCGCGGGCAAAGGGCUGAGCAGGCUGGCUUGGACCAAAGGCCAGGUGCUGCUGGGACCCAAGGCCUUCGAAGCGCUGAUGGAUGCCGAGGACCCGGCGCAGGCGGCGAACAAGGUGAAGGCUAUCGUGGCCAAGCCGGGCCAGGUAAACGAGAUCCUCGACCUCGCGAGGUCUUACGCUAUCACUCACAAGAUCGGCGUGGUCUUUGCCAAGGAGGUGGACGGGGUCAAGAGCCAGCUCAAGUGGCUCCGCGUGGAGGGACAGGCAGGGCGUGGAGAUAAGCUCAAGAGUCUGCACGUUGCCCCGGUAGCUGCGGCCGGACUUCCGCUGGAGCUCGCCGGAGAGAAGGUCAAGGCCUCCAAGGGGUCGAAGGCGGCAGAGGACGCGGCUGCCAAGCAGACGACGGUCAUGCGCAUCACCAUGGUGAAGAAGUACAUGACCGACUCGGCGUGGAGGGCGAGCCCGGCGGGCGACGACAUCUGCCGCUCCUGCUUCGUGACGGUGCAGGAGGACAAGGUUCUGGACCUCCUGAGGCCAGAUCGUGCAGUGCCGUGGGAAAUCACAGGUACUCCGGCUAGCUGGGGGGCCAACGACGUGAGCACGUACUUCACGGAGAACGAUUGGACUGAAGUAUCCUUGAUACGUCCCCGCUUCAGGAAUAAAGGGUGGAUAUUCCGCAUGAAAGCUCCCGCUGAAGUUCGGGACUACAGCGUGUGGCAGAUCCACAACCACACCAUCACGGUGGUGCACGACACCUGGCAGCAGAAGGGCAUGACCACGAAGAUGAUCAACCCGCGGCCCGGCGUCGUCAGGCAGGACCUCCACGAGCAGGAAAAGGAGCGCAAGGCCAAGGCGGACGCAGCGAAGCCGCCGGGUGAGCAAGGCGGCCAAGCAAAGAAGACGAAAUGCAUCAACGUCUACGGCUACCAGGGCUGGGAUCUGGGCGGGAAGGGCGACUGCCUGUACCGCGCUGCGGCUGCCUCUGCCGCGGCCCUGGAAGGCCGGAAAAAGGAAGACAUCGAAAAGAACAUCGCGUCUCUGGGCAAGAAGAUCCGGGCAGAGACCACGGGCCUCAUCCGCAAGCACAGCUUGUUCAAGGGCGUCUGGGUGGCGGAUCCCAACGCGUCGGUUCGCUGGGAAGGCGGGCCCAUCCCCGCCACCUACCAGGAGUGGGUGGACGCAACUGCCCGGGAAGGCCGCUACGCAUGUGAGCAUACGGCGGCGGUGCUGGCCUUGCGGCUUGAAAGACGCCUUGUCGUAUUCUACUGGCACCAAGGCAAAUGGGUGAAGGGCUGGGUGAUCAGUCCACCCGAGGGGGCGGGCAACGCCGCCAUAGAGAAGAAGCGGUCUAAAGCAAUGGGCCGUGCGCCAAUACCAGUGGCCCUCAAGGACGAGCACUACGUCGCCCUGCACUUGAAAGACGGGCAGAAGGAGUGGCCGCUGGAGUGGGCCGACCCCCCGGAGGAGGACUUCGCGACGCAGCUGCUCCGAGGAGGCGUGGCCGCCACUGGGUCGUGCUGGGACUCGGUGAGCGUCGCCGCCCACGGUGGCAAACGCCGGCGCCUCCGCGGCAAGCAGACGGCGCCGGCGCCUCCCGCCCUCGCGGGCCCGCCGCCGGGCUGGGACGAGCCCCCUCCGGCCCCGCACGCCGCGCCGAGGCCACUGGUCAGGGGCAGCGCCGAGUGGGUAGAGCACAAGAAGUAUGUGAAGCGGCGGAACCGGCACGUGGACCGGGAGCACCCGGACAAGCCGCGCAGCUUCUUCAACAAGAAGAACGGGACGCUGCCCACCCUCAAGGCCCUGAGCGACGAGGAGUGGCGUGAAGCCUUGCAGCUCCCCAUGGGGCCGCUGCCGAAGAUGGCGUGGACGUGCCAGGACUGCGGAAAGAGCCUCCCCUUCCAGAGCGACAACUCUCGGUCCAUCAUCGACAAGGCUCGCCGUGCCCACCGGGAGGCGGAGCAUGGGGUGAAGUGGCAAACUGCGACAGAGUGGAGAAGGAGGCAACGGGCGGCUGGCAGGAACUACCUGCCCAACGGCUCCCUGACGCAGACGCAAGAAACCUCACUGUCUGAGAAAGACUUCAAGAGCUUCAGGAAAUCCAUGUUCAAGCACGGCUACAGGGCGUACCACCAGGGUGGCAAUGUGGCGGAGGGCACCACGCAGCAGAUCCACAGCGUAGUGACCAUUGUCAGCAGGAAGCUUCGCUCCAAACAACUGUGGAGCCGGGGAGGGCCCGAAGGGCAGAUCCUGGCGACGGUCGUGGAGGGCGUGGUGCUGUUCAACACGUACGUGGUCCCCGGCGUCGACGAGGGGGCCAUCAUGAGGGAAAUCAGCGACGUUGUGCAGGUCGACAGGCUGACGUCCUGGAUGGCCAUCGGGGAUUGGAACCAGUUGCCAACGCAGGUGCUGGUCCCGCGCGCCUGGUGCUGCAUUGAAGCGGUCAAGGAUAAGAACGGCGACUACCUCCCUACACGCUGGAGGGGCCACCGGUGCAUCGACUACGGGGUGAGCUGGGCCAUGACAGUCACGGGCCACGAGCUGAUCGAGGACGCGAUCAGCGACCACAUCGUCGUGCAGAUGCUUGUCGACUUCCGCAUGGAGGGCGAGGAGGUCGAGGAGUGGCGCUUGGCGAAGCACCGCGGGGUCGCCAUGCCGCCGGCCUCGAGCAAGGAAGAGUGGGUGGACAUCACGAGCAAGCUGGGGGACAGCACGCAAGGUUAUUACCACGUGCAGAGCGGCAUGAAAGCGGCCGCAGAUGGCGUCGAACCAGGGUCCUGCGAGGCCCGCCGCCUGGUUGACCAGAAGUGGGCGGAACUCAGCCACGCCAUGGAGACCUGCAUGGCCCAAGCUCGUGCCAUGCUCACAGACACAGAGUGGGAUUGCGCCGCUGAGGACCCGGAGAGAACCGGUUCGGACGGUCGCAAAAAGCUGAAGAAAAACGAGUUCCGGCUCGAGCGGGUGCGGCACGGACGCGCCGCAAGCUGCCUGGAAGCCACCUUCCGGGAGCGCCAGCUCGCCAACGCCCUCGCUCGGCUACGGCGCCUCGCCUACCUGCAACAGCGCGGCGCCGGCAGGGAGGCAGAGGCAAGGCGACUCCGAGAGAAGGCGAAGCGGUACCUCGAGCAGACUGGGGACACCGCCUUGGCUCAGAUCCACGCUGUGCAGGACAAGAUCGUGGAGCUCGAGGGCCUGCUGCGCUCUGAGAGGGACCGGGCCAAGGAGCAGAGGCUCGCGAGGUGGCGGGAAAGUCUCAGGACAUCCCGCCGGAAGGCCCACAGCUGGCUCCGGGGGCACAUCCCGCCAGACACCAUGAUCUACGAGCAGGACAGGGAGGAGGCACCGGCGCAGUCCAUGCCGGAGUCGCUCGGAUUUCUGAUCAGCCGCUGGCGCAAGGUGUGGGACCGGGAGCUGCCUCCCGAAGCGGCAUGGCGAGCCAAGGUGGCGGAGUGGGGCCCGCGGCACCAGGAGGAGGUGUGGGCGCCGCUCGAGAAGGAAGACGUGCGGACUGCACAGGACAAGAUCCGCGGAAGCAGCGCGGGCCCUGACGGGUGGACCAGCGAGGAGGUGGCGGACGCGAUCUUUGCCACAGAGGCUGUCGCUGAGUUCUUCAAUCUCUGCGAGACAGUGGCCGCCCUCCCAUCUGGAUGGCAGAAAGAGCGCCAAGCGCAUUUGCCCAAAGAAGAUGUGGCCGAGGGCAAGGCACUGCCGGCCGAAGCUGUCCGACCCAUCUCGGUGAGCAGCUGCUGGUAUCGGCUGUGGGCAGGAAGCCGGCUCCACAGCGCGGCCAGCAGGCAAUGGCAGCGGCGGUGGUGGCCAGAGCGUGCCUUCGGCGCCAAGAGGGGCGCUUCUGUGAACGACGCUGCGGGCAUGCCGAAGGCCAUCGUGGCGAUGCUGACCCAGCAAUGGGAAAACCAGGAGCGCUACAUGCAACUCGCCGGGAUCACGCACCCGCAGGCGCAGGAAGUGCGCACUUCCCUGCCCCAGGGGGAUCCGUGGAGCCCGCUGGCGCUCACAUGUCUGCUCGCCGGGCCGCUGCGGGAGCUGGAGGAGAGGGUGCCCAACGUCACCACCACCGUCUUCGUCGACGACAGGACGUGGACAGCGCGCCGCCUGGAGGACCUCCUGGCCGCGGCGCAGCUUUGGCGAGCCUGGAGCGCUGCUCUGGGGCUCAAGGAAAACGCCCUGAAGGAGCAGUGGAGCCACUGGGACCCUGCUGGCCGCCGGAAUCUUCAGAAACAUGUCUCGCCAGACACCGUGGCGGACAAGCUGGAGGUGUUGGGCAUGAAGAUCACGGGAGGGAAAAGGAGGAAGAAGUGCCGCAAGGAGGUAAAGAGGCUCGACAAGGCCUCCCAGCAGACGGCCAAGGCAGCACUUCUGCCACUCCCGCCGAGAGAAAGGAAAGAGGUGGUGGAAGCUGGGCCUCUCGCCUCUGCUCAGUACGGCUGGGUUUUCAACACGCCGAACAUCCAGACCACCAAUCAGAUUCAAAGCCGUGUGCACAGAGCUAUCGAUUUUCCGAUUCACGCGCCGCGGCCCUUGAAGUUGUUGAUUUUGGGACAUCGCUCUGACGUGCGGUACAGGUGCCAGCAAGAGGCCAUUCUUGGAGUUGUUCGCGCCAUUGCUAAGGGCCUGGCCGGGAACGACCCCACAGGGGAGCUGCCGUGGAAGGAGACCACGGGCUGGUCAGGCGUCCUGGCAAAGCACUUGGCGUGGACAGGCUGGCGGUGCGUGGACGAGUGGGUGUGGAACCACCAGGGAACAGAGAAGACCAUCACGCUCCGGCGAGACCACCCUGAGUGGCGAGAGCCGGGACAGGUGGCGCACCUACUUCGGGAAGCCUGGCGUUUCUCCAACUUCCAGGAGUUCGUGAAAGGGAGCCGGCGGGCUACGGUGGCGUGCGACGACGCCGAGUACGAUCCGCUCAGGUACAAGCGCAUGCUCAAGCUUGUGGAAGAGAUACCAGCAGCUGCGAGUCUUCGCCGGAAAGAGGUCGACCGGCAGCUCGUGGAGUGGGCUGUUUUCGUCGACCGCGUCAUCAGGGACCACAG